AUGCACCAAGUUUUGGAAGGCAUGGGUAUAGGCAAGCCAGCGAGUACUGCGGAUAAAAAAGACAACACCAAGGGAAGCACUCCGCAGGACGUACCACAAUCAAACCAAAAGGACGUCUUCAGGAUCCCCAACUUUGCGCGGUCUCCAAACCCAGCCAAAGAAUCAUGGCAAGGCACUCCUCCGUCAAGCGCAUCUCCAAACCCACACAUCCGCCGCGUAGCAGCCUCAAGCCCACCCAUGCCCUCGCCCAAAACAAUCAUCUACAUAACCCUCCUCAUUGCCGUCCUCACAAACCCCACAAUCGCAAGGCCAAUCUCGCCUUUCGCUCCCGGUCUCGCCCGUCCCCGUAGCAUCGCCCACACUACAACCACCACCACAAUCACAAUCACAUCCACCGACAGCGCCGCCCUCGCCGGCAAAAUCUUCUCCUGGAUGAGCACCUUUCUGUACCUGGGCUCCCGCCUCCCCCAACUCUACAUGAACCAAGUCCGCAAAUCCACCGCCGGCCUCUCCCCCGCCCUCUUCGCUGCCGCCUUCUUCGGCAACCUCUUCUACUCCUCCUCCCUCGCCACAAACCCCUGUGCCUGGCGCGACUUCGCCCCGGGUGAAGGCGCCGGUUGGGUCGACCCCCAAGGUAGCAACCGUGAAAACUGGAUCCUCCGUGCCUCCCCCUUUUUCCUCGGAGCCGCAGGCGUCCUCCUCAUGGAUGCAGCCGUAGGCCUCCAAUUCUGGUUCUUCGACGACGCAGUACCCCCGCGUGGUCGCUCCCAGUUCCCGCGUGACGACGAGGUCGUCAUUACCAUUGACGAGAAUGGCAAGCUCAUCCGUAAGAGUCUGCAUUGGAGGCGCGUCAGUGGGUGGAUGAGGGGUUGGGCCCCGGCUGUUAGUGUCGCUGCUACUCCCAAUGUUAGUCGCGCUGUUACGCCUAUGGAUUCGCCCCGCGAUGCUAGUCCGGCGGGUAGUGUGGGGAGUAGUCAAAGUAGCAGUAGUCAGAGUAUCCCGAUCAAAGGACGUGGCAAUGCGUUGGAUGAGGCCAGGGCGUUGUUGGGGACUAGUAGGCAUGCUAGUCCCAGGAGUUAUGGCGCCGUGGGUAGUCCCAGGUAG